GCCCUGGACGCAGCGCUGCAAGACUCCAGGAAGGGCCUAUCGCGACCGAUAGAGUUCAACGCCUCGAUAGCUGCGACACGGUGCGACGACGCCUGCCAUGUGACGUAUUUAACCCCCGCCGCUACUCGACUACGACAUGCCCGCCACGCUGCCGCCGCCUUCCGCGCAUCCUCCGCACCGCACUGAAUGGCGCGCUCCCACAUCGCCGUCGCCCUGGGCGCGGCCCUCCUCGCCCUCCUGAUCUUCAGCCAGCUGGUCGUCGACCUGGGCUUCCCGAACAACGAGUUCUGGCACCGCCGCCUCGGGAGCUAUGGCGCCCCGCAGGACCAAUUCAUGAGCACCAAGCAGGUGGUCGAGGACCCCUCGCAGUACCUGAUCGGCGUGGGCAAGGCUGAUAUCACCGGCCCCGUCGUCGAGCUCAACCUCAUGGGCUACGCCAACUCGUCGCAGGUCGGGACCGGCCUCCGCCAGCGCAUCUACUCGCGCGCCUUCAUCGUUGGCAGCCCGAACGUGCCCGCCGAGCGCGUCGUGUACAUGGUGCUGGACACGCAGUCGGGCGACACGGCCAUCCGCAACGGCAUCCUGGAGGGCCUGCGCGCCCUGGGGUCCGAGUACGCCGUCUACACCAAGGACAACGUCGCCGUGACGGGCACCCACAGCCACUCCGGCCCGGGCGCCUGGCUCAACUACCUGCUGCCGCAGAUCACCAGCCUGGGCUUUGACAAGCAGAGCUACCAGGCCAUUGUCGACGGCGCCGUGCUGUCCAUCCAGCGCGCCCACCAGAGCCUGGCCCCGGGGACCGUCAGUGCCGCCACCGGGACCAUCGCCAACGCCAACAUCAACCGCAGUCUGUUCGCCUACCUGGCCAACCCGGCCGCCGAGCGCGCCCGCUAUGCCGACAGCGUCGACAAGACCAUGACGCUGCUCAAGUUCACGCGCGCCAGCGACGGCAAGGCUAUGGGUAUUCUGAACUGGUUCGCCACCCACGGCACCAGCAUGCUGGGCAACCAGACCCUGGUCACGGGCGACAACAAGGGCGUGGCCGCCUAUCUCUUUGAAGAAGCCGUUGCCGGCCAAGCCAACAUUGCCGACGGCUUCGUGGCCGGCUUCUCGCAGGCCAACGUCGGCGACACCUCCCCCAACGUGCUGGGCGCGUAUUGUGAAGACGGCACCGGCCAGCAGUGCCGGCUGAAUGAUUCGACCUGCGCCAACGGGAAGAGCCAGGACUGCCAUGGCCGCGGCCCCUUCUUCGGCCUGAACGACGGCGGCGCAAAGUCGUGUUAUGAGAUCGGCAAGCGCCAGGCCGACGGAGCACGCAGCAUCUUCACCUCCGCCAGCUUCACGACCCUCUCUGGCAGCGUGCGCGCCUUCCACAUCUUUGCCGACUUUUCCAACUACACCGUCACCCUCGCCAAUGGCUCGCGCGUCACCACCUGCCCCGCUGCCAUGGGCAACUCGUUCGCCGCCGGCACCACCGACGGGCCUGGUGCCUUCGACUUCGUGCAGAACGACCCGGGCGCGCCUCAGAACCCCUUCUGGAACGUCGUCGGCAGCGCCAUUUCGCCGCCCUCCGCCGCCCAGCGCGCCUGCCAGUACCCCAAGCCCGUGCUCCUCAACGUCGGCCAAGCCAACACCCCCUACCCCUGGUCCCCCAACAUCGUCGACAUCCAGGCCUUCCGCAUCGGCCAGCUGAUCAUCAUCGCCGCCCCCGGCGAGGCCACCACCAUGUCCGGCCGCCGCUGGCGUGAAGCCGUCGCCGCCGCCGCCGGCCCCCUGACCGCAAACCCCAUCGUCGUCCUCGGCGGCCCCGCGAACACGUACGCGCACUACAUCGCCACCGAGGAGGAAUACAGCAUCCAGCGCUACGAGGGCGCAUCCACUCUCUACGGCCCACACACCCUCGCCGCCUUCAUCGCCGCCACGCUAACCCACCUGCCCUACCUCCGCGACUCUCCGCCCGCGGCCACCAUCCCCCCUGGCCCCACCCCGCCCGACAACAGAGCCCGCAGCAUCUCCCUCAUCUCCGGCGUGCUCUUCGACUCCGCCCCGCUCGGCUCCUCGUUCGGCGCCGUCCGCACCGCCCCCAGCGCUUCCUACGUGUCCGGCGCCAUCGUCCGCGUCGCCUUCGUCGGCGCCAAUCCGCGCAAUAAUCUGCGUCUCGGCGGCACGUUCGCGGCCAUCGAGCGCGAUGUCAACGGCGUCUGGACGCAGAUCAAGAACGACGAGGACUGGGACGUCGUGUACGAGUGGACGCGGCUGAAUGGGUUGACGGGCACGAGCGAGGUCAGGGUGAGUUGGGACACGGGGAUCAGCGGGGCCGUCGCGGGACGGUACAGGGUGCGGUAUUUCGGGGACGCGAAGGCGGUGGGCGGGACGAUUACGGCGUUUGAGGGGAGUGCCGAGUUUCGCAUCGUGUAGGGGGUUUGUUUCGAUGCGAUGCGGACGACAAGAGGAGAGGCGUUGUGUGCGUUCUGUACAGAGAUGGGGGGUCCUGGCGCUUAGAGCUCGCUCUUAAUGUGUAGCUCGCUCUUAAUGUGUAGCUCGCUCUUAAUGUGUAGCUCGCUCUCAAUGUGGUUCCCUAGGCCAUGAAGCUAUCUGUUUUUUCAAGUGCAGUUUUCUGCUAUUCUACAAAGUCAAAGCGCGUCCUGUUCCCUUCCCGGCUCCCAACUUAGCCGUCACUUCUUCACCUCGCGGGCUUCCUUCUGCUCUUCGGCUCUUCUGCUCUUCUGCUCUUCUGCUCUUCUGCUCUUCUGCUCUUCUGCUCUUCUGCUC